GCUUACACUCCAGCGACCACGAGUUUCCACAAACCUAACACGAGAUAAUCAACUAUUGUUUCAACCUAAAGUGACAUCUACCUGCUUCUCCAACUACCUGCGCACUCCCUUUUUGUAUUUCCUCUUUCAUCAUGACGUUUGCUGAGGAAUUCCGCUCGAGAAACUUCAGUAUCUACGGACAAUGGACCGGUGUUGUAUGCAUUGUCCUAUGCAUCGCCCUCGGCAUUGCCAACAUUUUUUCGUUCAACGCUGUUCGCAUCGUCUUCAGCAUCAUAUGCCUUGUUUCGGGAUUCAUCCUCGUUUUCAUCGAGGUUCCUUUUCUACUCAGAAUUUGCCCUACAUCCGAAAAGUUCGACACCUUUAUUCGACGUUUCACCACUAACUGGAUGCGUGCUGCCAUGUACACAAUCAUGAGCGCCUUGCAAUGGGUCAGCCUUGUCUCCGGCGCAUCGAGUUUGAUCGCCGCAGCCGUUCUCCUCCUUCUUGCUGCUCUCUUUUAUGCCUUGGCAGGAUUGAAGAGCCAGGAGUUUGUUGGAAGUAAGACCUUGGGUGGCCAAGGGCUUGCGCAAAUGAUUGUCUAAGAGAAGUCAACAUGGAAGAUUGUGGACUAUGGCUUGAGGUGAACAAAGCAGGCCGAAGAGAAGAACAAUCAAAAUGGAGCCGCGAGAGAGUAUGAGGGAUACGUCUGUGUUGAAUGCGCCAUGAUCACGAAUUGAUAUCGUCCUCGACGACGCUACUAACAGGUAUUUUGUACUUUUAUCAUUAUGUCGAGUCGGUUUGGGAUAAAAAAAAGGAAAAGAUUUAAAAAAAAAAAAAAAAAAUUCGCCCGCGAAUUUCUCGAGGUUCAAGUCGCGAGUGAAUGUUUUGGAAGAGAUUGGUCCAAUUGUCUUCCUGCUGCGGUGAUUUGUGCUGGUCUUAUUUUUUGUUUUUUUGCCUUUGUCUCUAUUAUGUCUGCUGAACAGUCUGCCUUACACCAAGCUUUAGACGAGUCCUGUAUCUUUACCAGUAUACCUAGCGAGAAUACCCUUUUAGCAUCCUGGUGAUGAAUGAAUUAAUUUGAAGGGUGAAAGCUACUGGCGUGGUCCUAUGAAUUUACUUAUUUGUUAUUUGCUA